CAAAUAUUUUCUAAGCGCUUUUUUUUAUUGAAUUUUUGCCAAUUAAACACCGAAAAAUAGUUUAAACACCUGUGGCUUAGUGAAAUUUGCAAAACGAAGAAAAUAAACACUCUGCGUUACAAAAAAAUCUCGGUCGCCUAUACAGGUCGCUAAUUAUAAUUUAUUUAUAUCCUAUCUAAAAAGCAACUACAAAAUGUAUAUUUUACUUCAAUUCAAAGCAUAAUCGGUAAAUAAUCAAUUUAUCCAGGUAAUGCAACCUGUGAAAUCAAAAAACAAUAAAUUUUUAGUGUUUAAAAUUCGUCUUAGCAAUUUGCUCGCACCAAUACAUUCACUCAAGUAUCGCGAUCAAAUUCGCCGUGUUCCAAUUCGCCGUAAAGAUAAUUUUAAUGAUGAUGCUAAGUUGGCCGCAAAUUUUUAUGGAAUGUCGACUUCUAAAUUUAAAUUAAGUGGUCAAUUCUUCAUAAUCAUUUACUUUUUUAAUGAGCAGAAAGAAAGUAUUUUUUUUUAUGUGAUUUUCAAAAAUGUGUUUUAAAAAUUCUAUUUUCAUAAAGCGAAAACCAAAAUAAACAUGGGCUACUUAUUAAAAUAAUGAUCAAUCUCUACAAGCUGCAGCUGGACAAACCGAUGUCACCCACCUUAGAGGAACCCGAUUACUUGAAGGAGCAGGCUCCAACCGCCCGUUCCGCCGCCUCCGCUCGUCCUCCGGCCACGCCCUUUAUCAAGGUUCUCCUCCGUAAGACGCCCAUUGUGGUUUUGUUCGAGAGACGCAGCAUGACCGCCUUGGCGGACACGGAGGAGGGUCGUCAGGUGAUGGAGGAUAACAGGAAGUACGAGGAACUCCUCUCGGGAAUUGACAAAACCCGCAGAACCGUGGAUGCGGACACUCAAACCAUGACGGCGCUGAUGAAAUCAAGACUGGUGAACACCGAACGGCUGACCACUGCCCAGAUGGGUUCCUACGUGUCCAAUUUCGAGAUGUACGACACCUACACUGACCUGGAAAAGUCCACCACGAGUGUUCAGGUUCAGGGUGAGAAAAAGAUGGAGAUAACAACCUAUCACGUAGGCGGAGUGGAUCAGUUUGUGGCCAUUAAUGGCCUUCCAGGUUUUCGCCUUGCACUCAUGUUGACCAUGCGCAUCCUGGCCAGCAAUGUGUUCGAGCCACAACAGCGACGCUAUAGGAAUAUGGCAUUACCGGAUCCAUUGGCCGAGGAUGUGAAGUUCAAGUACCGAUUGGGACUGCUGUGGAAACUGAGUCCGCCUUUAUCGAAUGCCAAGGUUCAUCAGGCAGUGAGCGACGUGAGUUUUUGUCCCAGUAAUGGUGACAUAAUGGCGGUGGCCUAUGGUGUCUAUAGCCAUGGCAAGGUGGGCAAGCUGCCAAAAUCCGGGUGGGUUUACGUGUGGAACAUUAAGAACCCAGUGAACCCCGAAAGACGUUACGACUACCAAGUGGCCGUGGUCACCGUGGAGUUUUCACCCACACAACCUCAACUGUUAGCCAUUGGACUUCAUAAUGGAGGCGUUGAAGUGCGGGAUAUUUCUGGCCAGGAUCUGCCACCACUGGCCAUAUCUCAGCGUUCAUCUUCGCCCCAUUUUGAGCCAGUCACCGCCAUCAAAUGGAUCUAUUUUGAGGGCGAUGUUGGAUCCAGGAACGCCCACAUCACACCCUUUUUGGCCACUUCGCAGGCGGGAGCUGUGACUAAGUAUAGGCUUAUAAAUAGUCCCAAUUUGCUGGGAUUCGAGCAGCAGCGUUUACAAAGGGCGGAGGGCGAGCUGGAGGGAAUUCCCAUCGAGCGACAGCCACCUGCGGCCUCACUUUUGGCCAACAGGCACCCGCAAUGUCUGGAGAUUGUUCUCGAUCCUGUGCAGGCGGACAUAUACUAUGUGCUGACCGACGAGGGAACACUCUACAAGUGCUCAACGAACUACCCACUGCAGCAUCUGGAGCUGAGACAAGUGCACGAUGGCCCAGCCGCCUGCAUGGAGUUCUCGCCGUGGUCUCCCAGAAUGUACCUCACCUGCGGGAGUGACUGGUGCAUUCGAAUUUGGUUGGCAGGAAUCCUGCUGCCCAUAGUCACUCUCCAGCACCACCUUUCUCCGGUGCACUGCGCCCGCUGGAGCCGCACACACUCCACAAUCCUGGUUUCGCUCAGCCGCAGUACUGUGGACAUCUGGGAUCUGCGUAACAGCACCAUGAAACCGGUGUCCUCCACCAUAAUCGAUGCUGAUAUUUUCUACACCACCUUUAAGUUCACCCACUGCGGUCGUUCGCUGGCCGUGGGAAAUGAGGCUGGCAAUCUGUUGAUGCUGUCCUUUGAGGACAUGCCCUUCCCCCCGCACUUCCAGUACAAGCAGCUAAAAAGAGCCAUCUUCAAGGCGCUGUCCAUGCAACCAGAUCUUCGCAAGCAGGUGAAAAGCGUUGGAUACUUUGGCUAUCCCGGAGGCAAGAAACAAACAAGAGCUUGAGAAUAAGUUAAUCAGUAUAACAGCCACAACUGCUUACUUGAUAUAGCCGCAAUGCCAGCC